AUGUCCGAACUUACUCAUAAACUCACCGAAUCUGACCUCGUCAGUGGAAAUCAGGAGUGGGAGAAGCACAAGCAUGAAAUUGAACCUGACUUCUUUCGUGCACAAGUCGCCCCUUCUCAAGCCCCAACUUUCCUCUGGUUUGGUUGCUCCGACUCGCGGGUAGCCGAGGCAACUAUAACGGGUCUCGGACCAGGCGUCAUCUUCGUUCAAAGAAACAUAGCAAACCAAUUUCUGCCUGAUGACAUCAAUGCGCUUUCUGUCCUCGCCUACGCGGUUGACGUGCUGAAAGUCCCGCAUGUCGUUGUUGUCGGCCACACAGAUUGUGGCGGGGCCAGAGCUUCCCUAGGAGCAGCGCGAAGAGAGGAUUUCGAUCCUGCCGACCGUCCUGUCGUGACAUUGCCAAAUGAGGACCCAGAAGCGCCACUCAAUCGUUGGCUAGCAUCGCAAACUCUUUUAGCUCACUCCCUGCAAGUCUCCAGCAAGCCUCACAAUCACUCCGAUCCACUCGCCAGGCUGACGGAGGCAAACGUUCUCAUGCAAAUUGACAAUAUAUGCAACACUGAAACAGUCAAAAAGGCAUGGGCGAAACGAAACUCGGGGCAUGCACAUACCCUCGAAAGCAUAUCUGGCUAUAUUUACGACAUUGAGGCGGGAAAGCUGCUCAGGAUUGAGGGUAGUUUGCGGCACCCACCCCACUAG